UCGAUAUAUAACCGACGCCAUCAUGAAUGAUCAUGAAUUCGCGCCCGUUACCGUUAAUAUAAUGCGUCAUAUUGUAUUUGUUGUUUAAUUCGGGAAACCGUGAAAAAUCGAGCUUUCUUUUUUGUUCAGUUAAUACCGAAUUUUUUGCGGAUGCUUCAUGCACAUCACGCGUAGUUAAUUGACGUUUUUCUUGGUUACCUCAUACACAUCCAGUAUGCCAACACAAUAUUGUUUUCUCUGUGCGAGCGACGAAGGAGUUUUCGUGGAUAUUACCACUGAAAAUAUACAGAAAUUUCGUACACAAUUCGAGAUUUGUUCAUUGGUUAAGGUAUCUAUAUCUAACAAGUCGCAAACUAAAAUUUGUCACAAAUGUGUGUACGAAUUAAAUCAGUGCAGUACCUUUUUACAAAACUAUAAAAAGAGUUUAAAGCAACAACCUCAAGAUUGGAGACCCUAUUGCAGUUUAUGUUUUCAAAUGCCAAAAAAUGAAUACAUCUUUUAUCUUAGUAAAGAAGAUUCUUUACAAUUUAAGUCUAUCGAAAAAAUACGACAAGUCGUGAACGUCGAGGCUGGUAAGAUUCAAUUAGACAUCGUUCUUGUAUGUCUGUCCUGUCGAUACACGGUGGAUGUGUUGUUCGAUUUAAAAAGUUUAUCGAAUCAAAUUGGGUCUAUAUUGGACAAGAAAACUGAGAAAGACAUCGAUUAUUCAAGGUUUCCAAAGGUCAAAACAACUGUUAUCAGUCGCAAAACUACCAUCACAGAGUCUGAGAAAGCAACAUUGAAAUCAAGAGAGAAUACAAACGGCGAUUCCAACAUGAAGAUAUAUACGAGAUCUAAAGCUAAAGUACAAGAUAAUAGAGUGAACAAUAAAGCCGUUGCAAUAUCGGACGAACAACUCUGCGUAGAAUGUCAUAAUCCUGUUAAAUCUAAUAGCGAUUCGCGUGUGAAUGAGAGGACAGGUCAGAAGAGCGUGUGUAACGACUGUUGGGAGAGUAACCGUUCCAAUGCGAAAGACACCGAAGUACAUCAGAGCUCGACCGAAACAAAAGUUUGUAAAGUUUUCCUCAAAGAUGUAUUAGGCCAAACGGCAACGCAGAAGGGGAAGAAGAUGAACGAAGUCGAGAAAGAUAAUCAAAACAAGAAAAAACCAGGACCAAAAGCGAUGCCCAAGGAAUUUAGGGACAUACUCAGGGAUUCGGACAGUAGCGUCGUAAAAUUGAGUCAGAAACGUUCUAGUAAAUCAGCGAAUAUCGACGAUACUGACAACAGCGAUGUACCAAGCAAAAGACAAAAACGUGGCUCGAAGGGAUCGCUCUCAGACCAAGACGUGAGGAUAUCAUCUAGAAAGACGCGCAAACGAAAAGGUACUGGUCAGAAGUCCGAUUCCGAUUAUCUCGUGAACAGCAACAACGUCAAAGAAUCCAACAAGGGUUCUCCAAGCAAGCACAAGACAAUUGUUAUAUCUUCUGCGUCAGACGCGGAAAUCGAGAUACGUGUACCGAACAGAUGCGCGCGUAAAGGAUUGAGAAGUAUUUUGGCCGAAAAAAAUACUUCGAAAGAUACAGACGAUGGUCCGUCGAAGAAGAAGAAACUAAGAUUCACGAACGAUCCACUUAUGAUCAUCGAUCUGACGAAUACAUCCGACGAAGGUGGAAGACCUAAAAGAAACGUGGCGAGACGAACCGCCGACAAAGGAGAGAAAAUCGUGAAAUCGGCCUUGGCGAAGAAGUCGUCGGGAAAAACAGAGUCCUCGGAAUCCGAGUCUAAGGAUUCUUCCGUCGAAGAAGAGAUUGAAACGUACUCUUGCGAAGAGUGUGGAGUUAAUUAUGAAAAUAAAGUCGUAUUCCUGACGCAUAGAUUGUCGCAUUACAAGCAACCGAAGUUGGAAUUGCAGAAACUGAAAAUCGAUAAUAAAUCGAAGGAGGUGUCAGUGGGCGCGAGCGAAGCAGCAGACGAACAAUCCGAAGAUCAGUCGGAAGGUAUAAGGAUCACCGUGGACGACGACGACGAAGAGGAGACAGAGUUGGAAGCGAAUAAUUUGGAGAACAACGCUGAGACAAGUUCUCGCGCGGAAAAGACUGCUGCUUCUCCCGGGGAGGAGGCACCGAAGGACACCGUUGAUACAGAAGUCCGCUUCAAAGAAUCCGAUAACGAUCAGCCAACUGAAAAAGACGGUAAAGACAAAGAGAGUAUUCAGGGCCGCGCGAGUAGAAGUCCGAGCGGCAACGAUGACAAGACCAACGACGAGAACGUCUCGGAACAGGUUGAAGAGGAAGACGUGGAGGAUAUUUCGCUAACCAACCUUGAAGAUGAUCAAGAAGAAGAAAAGGAAGUCGGCGAAGGCGCUGAGAAAGAAGAAAUAGAAGGGAAGGAAAAAGAAGCCGAGUCUGAAAAUACGAUGGUAGACGCGGUCGACGAAGCGGAACCGAAAGUAACGAUCAGCGAAGAGAAAUCUGAAGAAGAUGUCCACAAAGACGACGAUGUCGAUAAAUUGGAUUCUUCCGAGAAACUUGAAGCAAAUGCGAACCAAGAAAAAGACAAACCCGAUGAAGACGAGAGCAACGAGAAAGAUGAGAGCAAGGAGAAAAGCGACGUCGAGUCGUCUGAAAAAUCUGAGGAAAAUCCAGUCGAAGGAAAAGAGGAUUUAAACAGUUUCGAUACGCCCGAGGAGAAGAUCGAGGAAAAGAAUAAGUCGGUGGAGAUAAGUCGAGAUUCUUCCGACGAGUCCGAAGAGAAUGUUAUCGAGAAGGAAACGGCGGAAUCGAGCGACAAACCUGCGGAGGAAAAAGUCAGAAGAAAAAGCCGAAAAAUCGAAAAAGCCGAGAUCGAGAAAGCCGAAGGAACAAACAAAUUAGAUUCUUCCGAGAAAUCUCAGGGAGCGACGGGUUCCCCCAGCAGAACGAGUCCACGGAGGAGUAAAUCGAGUAGCUUAGGGAAACUCGAGGAGAACAAACGAGACAACUCCGAGAGUUCCGAGGAAAAGGACAAGGUUACUUCCUCACCGGAGCGGAGGAGCACGAGGAAGAGCAAGACAGUGUUGCAUUCAAAGAUCGAAGAGAAUAAGAAAUCUGAAGAAGGAAAGGAGAAGGCGGCGGGUUCCCCCGAUAAUCUUGGCAAGUCGCCGGAGAGAAAGAGCCCGAGAAGGAGCAAGUCUGUUUUGUCCGCCACGACCGAAGAGAACAAGAAAGAUUCUGCCGAGAAAUACGAAGAAAAGGACGAGUCGAGCAAACCUGAAGAGAAAAAGGUCACGAGAAAGAGUAAUAAAUCGGUCAGCUUUACAAAGUCCGAAGGGAAGGAUAAGCAAGAGGCCCCUGAGAAACCCGAGGAAAAGUCCGAGUCCGUUGAAAAACGCGAGGACCAGCUAGAUUCCGCUGAGAAAUCCGAAAGCGAGCCAGAUGCCUCCGAGAAACCCGAAGACAGGUCAGAUUCCUCGAAAAAACUCGAGGUAAACGAGAGCAAAGGGGAGAAAGUCGUCGAGGCGGAGGCGGACGUAGUUGUCGAAAUUAACGAGGACAGUAGUUCGGACGACGUUAUGGAGGUGUCCGAAAAAGAGCCUGACCACAGGCCGAGUGUCAACGACACGGAAGAAGUGCUGGACUCGAACGACGAAAAUUCGAGCGACGUCGUGGAAAUAUGCGAGCGAAAGGACGAGGUAGAGUGCAUAGAAGAGACGAAUCCUCCCGACGAGACCGACAGAAGCGCGAGCAGCGGCGCUGAAAAAAGUGACCAAGAUAUCGCGGCGGUGCCAGCUUCCGAUUCCGCGGACGUGGCGGCCGAGAUUCUGCAGGAAGUUCUCGAUCUGGCGAGCGCGGAGAUCCAGAAGCGACAAGACGUCACCGAGGUCGCCGAUGGAAACGACUCCGACGACGCGGAGACGUUGGAAAAUAUUUCAAGAGAAGUACAAAACGGCGGUGACGCGAACUCCCGAGAAUCGCACGCUCGUUUCUCGACGAUCGAUCCUUCAUAAAUCGCUGUCAAUUAAAUUUCCAUUGGCCCAAUUCAUCGGAUAAUAGAAUCCAACUAUAGAGCACAUACAAUCGUUGGCAUCUCGUACGACGAUUUACGGUUGGUUAGUCCACUUCAAAGAAGUCGCGGGAAUGCUUCGAAAAUUGUUCCGUUCGUUCUCUCCGAUACUUUUUCGUUUCGAGGUUCGCGCCAAAAGAUCUGUGUCUCGUUUAAACAGCGGAGCUCGCGCCAUGUAAUUUUAUAUCAUUCUUAUGAACGAUGUCAUUUUGUGUUUCGUAUGUACGACCGUUAUAAUAGUCUGAUUUCAACCAGUAGCAGUUGCUUGUUCAUUUUCGAACGAAUCCCACAUCACCGUUUCUUCUUCGACAACGUUUUACACGAACGAAUGAUUCGCGCCGCGGUGAAUAUCGAUGAUCAUUAUAAAUAUGCGUGUUUGUAUAUUCUUGUAUAACGUAUACGUUCCCUACGACAUAUUUGAAAGUUGUACAGAUUUUGCGUGCAAUGUAGUAGACUCGAGUGUUUCGGGAAACGAAUCGGGGUAUUGUACGAUUAAUCGUCGACCAGUUCGGCCAGGUCCGGAGCCAGGAGAAUACCUAAUUCCCGCGAAAACAACAAAGCCAUGCAAUCUCUUCUCGUCUUGUUCGCAAACACGCGCGUCUAUAGCGUUCGAAUUUUAUAGAUAUUUAAUGCGCGAUGCAAGAAGUUUUAGCCCUUCGAGGGCGAGAAUUGUUUUAAAUAUUCAAAAUAUUCAAAAUAGUUUCUUUUCGAUCUACCAAAUUGUAAACUUGUCUUUUGUUAUUGAAGCAAUUAAAUGAUUUGCUUAUCGAUAGAAUCGUGCAACAUGUAUGAAAAUCGUGUUUGCUCGGCAUACCAUCGCUGUCCGUCUACGUCCUCGUGAAUUCUCGUUCAUUUCUAUCCAGCUCCGAUUCUCUUGGAAAUUUCUCCCGAACUUACCUGCGGCGUCGAGCCGAUAACCGGAAACCGGCGACGACGCUCUUCGAUCAUUCGCGGCCGCGCGUAUCUCCUCGACCGUCGUCGUCGAAGCUUCGCGAGGACGACGAUAAAAACGAGAUCGUAUCUUCCGGAGCUUCGUGCCGCGUGUCCGAAUACGAUUCGUCUUCUGAAACCGAAAGAGAAGAGUUCGGGCAAGUUCGCGCCGCAAUUCACGCGUUCUGAUCGUCGACUCGAAGAAUUUUAUCUUAAAAUGAUCGCGUCGGUUUCGUCCGCGUAACGUCUCGCGAUCCCACGGGAAUCGUCGUCGAGUAUCCGUCAGUUUUGUAGGAGGAAACGCAGUGGCCAUUUGCAACACAGUCAGCGCACGUUCGCGUAUACACGCAUACGUAUUAUUAUAAGAAUAAAGAAUAUAACGUCGCACGAAACGAAGAAAACAUUCGGGGGACAGAGGUUCGCGAAACUAGUUUGCCGUGUACAUAAGAUUGAAAUCGCAUUUCGCGAUUCGCGUCCGCGAAGAGAAACGACGAUCACGCGGGACUAGAUCCGAUCGAAAGUAUCGACGCGCGGUCGCGUUUCUUCCGUAUCGCGUCGAGCCAUUCGCCCGGAAUAUCGAUCUUCCGAUCUAGGGGAGCAUCGAAAUCUCGGUUUCGAGUCGGUUCGAAUCUCGGAUCGAACAAAAUUUCGAGCGGGAACGCUUCGAGACGAAAUUUCGAAUUCGGUUCAGCUUUUAUUUCUUCUGCCGAAACGAUCGGAGGACAAUUGGAAGUCGUGGGACCAAGACGGGAGAACGGCGGAGUUUUUUCUUUUAAAUCGGCACAGUUUUUUUUAUAAAUCGGAGGGUUAAACCGGUUCGCGAGAUCUCGACGCGACGCGAGAAACGCGCGAUCGUCGAAAAGUCGUUUCCAUAAUUACCGCGUGUCUCCCAGUGCCAAAACGGCUCCCUCAGGCUUUUCCAUCGACAGAUCGCCAGGGUCGCGGAUCGAUCGUACGCGCCGCAUCGCAGAAGCAGAUCCCAGUACUUCUCGAUCCUCUCUUGUCCUACGGAUACACAGAGGCGCGCGAACGCGUCAGGCUCUCGUACGUUGAACGGUCGCCCUUCGUCGACGAUCGAUACGCCUGUUUAAUUUUUUAACGCUCCUUUCUAACCGCGGUAGUCGCGCGUUCAUCUAUUUUCUUUUUUGCAACUGUACUUUCUUAGCAUCUUCGUUCUCGACGAUAUCUUUGUUUCGUUCGCCGAAAUGGAUACACGCCGUCGAAGCUAGACCGUGGAAAACGCCGACGAUCGAUCGAUGUUACGGUGGGAGAACCGGUAAAUGCCAUAAACGCGCGAUCAAAUUCGUGAAAUUUCCGUUCGAUCGGAAGAAUCCACGGUCCAGCGACUGCGCUCGUCGCUCGUUUCUCGAUUAUUCCUAGUUUUUCUAGUUCGUAAGCCGCGAGGCAAGACGCACUUCUCGAUCGUGAGACGGUCGGUUUUAAUUUCAUACGGUAGCCGCGUUAAGUUCGGCAAAACGCGAUCGAACCGUCGACGCAUCUCCGAGCGGACGGCACAGAUUUCAUUUGCACGGACGCGGCUGGCGACAUCCGCGUCCUUCGAUAUUUGCCGGAAAGACGGCUGGAUAACGUACACGCGUACGGGAAACGAGGCGAGAAGAUAGAGCGUCGCGUAUCGUAAUUCCUAUCCGUUUGUACGUUUUAAGUCCAGCUCUGUAACCCCACCGCAGGACGCGCGCGCGUUUUCCUCGCGUCGCGUCGAUAUCUACCAAUAAUACAAUUGUGCAUUUGUAACAUAGAAUAAAGAAUAGCUGGUAAACUAGCUAGCCCCGCUCUUCUACCCGUCGACGACGACGAUAGAAACACCGUGGUCGUUUCGCGAACGAUCGAAUUUGCUUAGCGCCGUAUCGAUCGCGAUCUCGAGCAAGCCGAGCCGAUUGCUUUGUAAUAACGAUAAAUUGAUUUAUUGUAAUAUAUAUAUAUAUGUAAACGCGAUAGCUUUAGAGUCUCGAACGUUCCCGUAGAGGCUUUUAGAGGCGAGCUAUCGUCGAAUGGCGCGCGAAAGGACCGGUGGUUUUAGCGUCGAGCCACGUUCGGUUUCUCCUUUUAGUUUCGUAACUGUAGAACAGUACCCUUCGAGAUUCCGGCGACGCAUCUGGCUCGGUCGGCUUCACCGGACAGGUCGAGGUCGUUGUACAAUCUCAGAGCUUCCUCCAAAUGAACGGUGGACACGUCCAGCUUGCCCUGAUCGAACAUAAACGCGCGCGCGCGAAUCGUUGGAUCGAGUCGCAAAUUAUUUCCGUCGCGGUUAAAUCAUCAUGUUGUAUAAUAAAAUAAUUAUUAUAUUUAUCUUAUUCGUCGACACGACGAUCGAUUCGAUGCCGAUUCUUUUGUAUAUUCGUCUCGGAAAGAGCUGCGUCGAUACGUACUAUCGUAUCGACGCGCGUCCGACUCGAUCCAACGGAUCGUCGCAAUAUUUUCGUCAAUUUUUCUUUCACUUUUACUUUCACACGUAGCGACCCAGCUCACCAUGUUUUUGUCUUCUAUUUUGUACCAUUGUAGACGUUUUCGUAAAUAAGUUAGCUAGCGUA